AUGACGCCCUCGCCGGGUCCGCCGUCCAACGCCGUCGAGGUUCAUCGGCCUCGAUCCAGCCAGACCGUUUCCUUCUCCGUCGACGAGAAGAACAACAUGACCGCCUCCGACUCGUCAAGCCUUCAGUACCACGUCUCCGAGUGUAUCGAGACCACCACGACCACAACAACCACCACCACCAAGCGCACUUUCCCUCCCGUCUACCUUCGCGAUGUGAGACCGCUCCACGAACUCGACUCCAAAGAGUACCCUCUCGCCUCGAAACCUCUUCCUCCCGAACUCGCAAACUUCUCCUUCAGAUUCUCCGCCCCUUCCUCCUCCGAUGCCACCAACGACGACCUUUUCGUCCCCACAAAGCGCAAGACCCCCCUCGCCGCCGACAGGCAAUCCGCCGGCCUCCUGAAAGAAGACGAGUCGAGUCAAGAGUCCCCGAGACGCACCGAAAAGUCCCCCUCAGACGCGAGCCAGAGGAGAUCUCGUCGCUCUGCUCCUCGAGACACUUCGCCUACCUCCCACACCGCGUCCCCCCUUCCCUCAAGGCCGUCCAGAAACCCAAGGUCAGCCGCCCUGUCCUUCACCGAGGAUACAUCACAAAGACUUCGACGCCACCUCUCCAGAGGCAAACAAACCGGCUGCCUCGCCACCCCAGAUACCUCCGAGAUUGCGGCAACAGGCUCCGAGCAACGGCUCGCCCGUCCCCGUCUUCAAAUCUCCCGCCAGAGCCACACCCCGGAGUCUGGUCCCAGCCAGACGAACCUACACGACGCACCGAGCCCCAUAGGCAGCGAUGCACUCACCGCCUUCAGCAGCAACGUAGCGACUCCUCCCAUCACCGAUGCCGAUGCCGAGCCCUUUGCUGAUGCCGACGAGUCCCUGCAACAAUCCAUCCGUGCCGUUGGCCACCGGCCAUCCAUCGACGCCGUGGCUGCUCAGGAUGCAAGCCUGCCUAGUCCGAGACUUUCGCCCACACUCGCCGCCGCCCAGCUGCACUCCAGGGACUCCGACGACGAAGAGGAGGACUCGACCCAAAGCAGUGCUCUCACCAGACGAAACCCCAGCUUCAGGAACCAGUCAUGGCUCCACGAGUCCCAGAUCACCGACGACGGCGGCUAUGCCUCCGAUCUUUCCAUGGUGGCCGACGACAGCACGUCCCAACUCGACAACCUUGACGCUCACACCGCCAUGCUCGACGCACGCACCAUGAUGGAAAGAUUCGACGCCAUGCCUGUCGAGAUGAAGAGUUUCAUCAUGUACAACUUUCUUCGCCGCUGCCCCAGAAAGACACUUCGCCUCGUCUCCGAUGUUGUUACUCCGGCCUUGAAGUGCGACUUCCUCAAGCAGCUCCCCCUCGAACUGAGUUUCCACGUGCUGUCUUUCCUCGACCACCGCGACCUUUGCCGAGCUGCCCAGGUAUCGAAACACUGGCGUAACAUUGUAGACACCAACGAGACGGGCUGGAAGGAGUUGUUCGACCGCGAUGGCUUCACGCUUCCUCCGGGUGAACUCAUGAAGGCCAUUUGUCAUGGCUGGGGAUGGCAAGAUCCUGUCGGUGUCAUGGGUGCUGAGGUUGACCUGAGCCGUACGAGCCGGUUGAAUUCCGCGGAUAGCGAGUUGACCAAGGCUGUCGUCAAGCCAGACCCCACGAUCAAGCUCCGCAGCUCGAAGCGCAAGCGGGGUAUUAACAUUCCUGGCAGUGACCGAUCGAAGCGCAGAGUCAGCGGCCAGGACGCGGCCCGAAACGAAGCGAUGCAGGCGGAAGUCAAGCAGCACAAGUCAGAGGGGCCACUCUCGGCUGCUAAUGCCGCAGCGGCUGCCGUGCCCAACCCGCAGCUGGGCAUGCCCAGUUUGCAAAAACUUCACCUUUUCAAGUCCCUCUACCGACGUCACUACAUGAUCCGUCAAAGUUGGACCAGCGGCAAGGUCAAGCCUGGACACGUCGCCUUUGCGGCCCAUCCUCGUCAUGUCAUUACCUGCUUGCAGUUCGACGAAGACAAAAUCAUCACCGGUAGCGACGACACUCUCAUCCACGUCUACGACACCAAGACCGGUAAGCUCCGUAAGAAGCUUGAGGGACAUGAGGGCGGGGUCUGGGCCCUGCAAUACGAGGGAAACAUGCUGGUUUCUGGUUCCACCGAUCGAUCCGUCCGUGUUUGGGACAUCGAGAAGGGCUUCUGCACCCAGGUCUUCUACGGCCACACUAGUACUGUGCGCUGCCUGCAAAUCCUCAUGCCCACCGAAACCGGGAAGACACACGACGGUAAGGCUAUCGUGGCGCCCCAGAAGCCCUUGAUCAUUACCGGAUCUCGCGACAGCCAGCUCCGCGUCUGGCGCUUGCCCGAGGUUGGCUCCAGGAGGUACAUCCAGACCGGUCCUCCAGCCAAUGACACGGACUGCCCGUACUUCAUCCGGACCCUCUCUGGUCACACUCAUUCUGUUCGCGCCAUUUCUGCCCACGGCGACACUCUUGUCAGCGGAAGCUAUGACAGCACCGUCCGAGUCUGGCGCAUCAGCACUGGCGAGUCUCUUCAUGUCCUCCACGGCCACUCUCAGAAGGUGUACAGCGUCGUCCUGGACCAUGAACGUAACCGCUGCAUCUCCGGUUCCAUGGACUCGCUGGUCAAGAUCUGGGACCUCAACACCGGUGCAUGCCUUCACACCCUCGAGGGACAUAGCCUUCUUGUCGGCCUGCUCGAUCUUCGCGACGAGAGGCUUGUGUCGGCGGCCGCCGACAGCACCCUGCGCAUAUGGGACCCUGAGAAUGGCAAGUGCAAAAAUGUGCUGACGGCUCAUACGGGCGCCAUCACAUGUUUCCAGCACGACGGCCGCAAGGUCAUCUCGGGCAGCGAGAAGACGGUCAAGAUGUGGGACAUUCGUACUGGCGAAUGCGUGCAGGACCUUUUGACAGACCUCAGUGGAGUCUGGCAGGUCAAGUUUGAUGAGCGACGGUGUGUGGCUGCUGUCCAAAGAGACAGUCUGACCUACGUCGAGAUCCUUGACUUUGGUGCUGUCCGCGAUGGCAAGCCACCCGAAGAGCUUGGCCAGCGCAAACUUCUCAACGAACCAGAGGUCCGCGCGCUGUUAGCCGAAGACGCGUAA